AUGAGAAUAUUAAAAAAAGAGAUCGGGAAAAAAAAAGAAGAAAAAAAAAGGAAAGGUAAUAAUCAUCGGCACAACUUGAAAAGUAGAGACGAAAAAGAUGAUCUUAUACAAAGACUAAAAAGAUGUCAUGAUAACGAUAACAUUUUUAAUUAUAUUGAUAAGAAAUAUAAAAAGUAUAUUAUAAAAAAAAAUAAAAAUGAUAGUAGUCAGAAUAAUUCAAUAAAUAAAGAAAAGAAUGAAACUUAUAUACAUAAUGAAAAAAAGGGUUCCAAGCAUUUAGGAAGUUCAUCAUUUAUUUUCUUUGAAUCUAUUAAUUCUUAUGAACUUAAGAAAUAUAAAUCAGCAUUUUCUAUUUAUAAUAUAUUAUUAAAUAUUACCAAAAUAAAUAUGCAGAAAUUAUACGAUGAAAAUAACUUUUUAAAUAAAGGAUGGUCAGACCAAGAAAAGUUGAAAGAAUUAAAAAGUGACAGGAGCAAAUUGAUAUUAGGUUUUCUAAAAAAAAAAAAAGAACAAAAUGGAUAUAAUUAUGAACAAAACGAAUAUAAUCAUGAACAAAAUGAAUAUAAUCAUGAACAAAAUGAAUAUAACCAUGAACAAAACGAAUAUAUCCAUGAACAAAACGAAUAUACCCAUGAACAAAACGAAUAUAAUCAUGAACAAAACGAAUAUACCCAUGAACAAAACGAAUAUAAUCAUGAACAAAACGAAUAUAUCCAUGAACAAAACGAAUAUAAUCAUGUACAACAUCCAAGUGAACACGAAACUUAUGAUAGUAAAUUUUCUAUUAAAAAAAAUACAAACAACCAUUUUAUAGAUAUAAUAAAAACAAAUGAUAAAAAUCAAAUUGAUGAUUUUCUAAAAACAAAUCCAAUUGUAUGUUUUGUACAUUUUAGAUUUACACCAGACUAUUAUCCAUAUCAAAAAAAUAUAAUUUGUUAUCUUUAUGAAAUACAAAUAAUAAAAGAAUAUAUAAAAAUAGGCAUAGGAACACAUUUAAUAAAUAUAUUAGAGCAACUCUGUAAAAAUAUACAUAUUCAUAAAAUUCUAUGUACCGUUCUAAAAAGUAAUUACAAAGCCGUCAUGUUUUAUAAAAAUAAAUGUUCCUUUCAAAUGGAUGAAAGUUCACCGGAUAAUUUUUAUUCCGACUCACAUCAAUCAAAAACAUGUGAAUAUGAAAUAUUAAAGAAGGACAUAAUAUCAUAG